CCUUUGGAAGGUCCCAGGAAAGCAGUUCACAAAGCACACUUAGGACCUGCAGCAACAUGCUGGGCCUUUUAAGAGCAAAUAGCAAGAAAGCCAGAGCCUGGGAGCAGAAGUGCAGGGGUGGACGUGCCUCCAGGGCCUUGAGCCCUUGCUCAGAUGGAGAAAUUCUUGCCCUUUGCCCGCUUCCUUGGGGAGUGCAGGAAGGCAGAGCCCAGGCUUGUUGCUUUCCAUCCUCAGCCAUUGGGCAGCGACUCUGCUCAGAGGGAGGCGGGUGGCGCUCCAGCCCCACCCUGGCUGCCCACGUGAAUGGAGUGAAAGACGGAAGUACCUGCAUUUCCGAGCUUCCAGUGCAGUGCCCUGUGCCGCACACCUGCCGGGGGACCUGCGGGGCAGCAGGAGUGGGCAGACGCCCUGCUUCCUCGGGGGCCCUGGGUGCUGCUCCAGAACUGGGGACCAGGCUCUUGAUUGGCACCCAGUGAUGUCCUGAGGAUCCUAAGCCCCUGGAGGGGCGGCCAGGGAAGGCCCUCUCUUCUCCCCGAGGAUGAAGGUGCCGGAGGCCCCCUCCACCUUCACGAAGAUGGCUGCCUUUUACCAGUGCAUCAAGCCUGACCCCAGUGAGCUGGAAAUGAUUUCCACGAGGGUGAUGGACAUUAAGCUUCGGGAGGCUGCAGAAGGCCUUGGAGAGGACAGCACAGGGAAGAAAAAAUCCAAAUUCAAAACGUUUAAGAAGUUCUUCGGGAAGAAGAAGAGAAAGGAAUCGCCUUCCUCCACAGGAGGUGGCACCUGGAAACAAAGUCAGGCGAAGAAUGAGGUCAUUGCCAUCGAGUCGGGGCCAGUGGGCUAUGACUCAGAGGAUGAGCUGGAGGAGUCGAGGGGCGCGCUGGGCAGCCGGGCCCUCUCCCACGACAGCAUUUUCAUUCCUGAGUCGGGACAGGACCCUGCUCGACCUGUGCGGGUGUUUUCCCAAGAGAACGUGUGUGACCGCAUUAAAGCUCUGCAGUUAAAAAUACAGUGUAAUGUGAAAAUGGGGCCGCCACCUCCUCCGGGGGACCUGCCUGCGCAGCGUGGGGACGAUGCCGGCAUGAGCUCUGAGGACGACGGUCUGCCCAGGAGCCCCCCAGAGAUGUCCCUGUUGCAGGACACGGGUCCCGGCACAACCAUAAAGGUCUCUGUGGCUUCCUCGUCCCCGCCGCAGUCUCCCCACCAGCUCUUCUCCCGGCAUGCGAGCGACACCUCCGUCUCCCCCAGGACCUCGGACAGCGCCGGGGCGCCCGUGGCGGACUUCGCGUAUCCACCUGAGUCCUCCUCCUGCCUGGACAACUCUGCAGCCAAGCACAAGCUCUUGGUGAAGCCCCGCAACCAGCGGUCCAGCAAAAUGCGGCGUCUGUCCUCGAGAGCACAGUCCGAAUCCCUGAGCGAUCUGACGGGUACCCCAGAGGAGGAGGAAUACGACGAGAAACCACUCCCCAAAGUCAGCACGGAGGAGAAGCCCAGUUCUGGGCAGCAGGAGGCGGGACCCGACAGAGGCCCUGAGCCUGGGGGACUGGCCACCAUGCUGCCACCACCUGGGGGGGCGCGUGCCCGGCGGAGGCGCCUGCAGCACUGCCCGGCCCUCAGUGCCAGCAUUGAGGAGGACAGCCUCCUGGGGGACAACCCCUCCAGCCACCCGGCCACCCCAGAGGUCACAGAGGCUGUGUCAGGCCCAGCCUCCCUCGCAGAGUCCUCGUCUGGGCCAGAAGGCUCCCCGCACCCUAAUCACAGGGAAGACCAGAGGGAGGAGCUGUCCCAGGAAAGCACGUGUUCCUCAGACAGGGACACAGCAGACGAGGUGGAUUGUGCUCCUGGAGACGCAGAGGGCCAAUUAUCUCCUUGUAUCCUCGACGGGGACACGGCCCCUCCCGAGCCUGGCCCCGCCACCACCCUGGAGACUCUCCCUAGUCCCCAUGGGCCAGACCACACCGGCCAGAAGGAGGUGCAGCCAAUGCUGGACGUGCCGGGUCCCGAGGGAGCAGGCCCAGAAACCCCGGCCCCCGCCCCCAGCCCCCCGGCCCCCAAGAGCUGCUUGAAGCGCAAGGCCCCGGCCGUGACCCUGAAUGUGAGCCUCGGCGCCUCCCCCUCACCAGCUGCCUCGGAGUCGUCUCCCCAGGAGCCCGCACCCCGGUCUCCGGACCACGAGGCCGCCCCCCCGGACCCCCCCAGGGCCGAGCGGGCGGAGUCCCCACCAGGAGCACCGGAGGCGGCGGCGCCCGAGCGGAAGAUGGAGCGAGGCGGCCGCGAGGCGCGGGCCGCGAAGAAGUUCUCGGUGUCGUCGGGCCAGGAGUGGCCGCGCGCGGGCAGCCUCCUGCUGGAGCCCCGCGGCCCCCCGAUCCGGCUUCUGAGGAGCGGCCUGGCCUGGAGGAGCGAAGCCGCCCUCGAGGACCUCCCCGAGCCCCAGGGCUUGAAGCCCGGCCCUCGGAAGCCGCCCUCCCCGGCCGAGCGCGGCUCUCCCGACCUGGGGGACCAGGCGGCCACCGCGGACCCCGGCGCAGCGGCGCGGGAGCGCCCCGCGGGCGAGCACGGAAGCCCCUUCCCGGUCAAGCUCCGCUCCACGUCUCUGUCCUUCAAACACAGGGAAGCGCCCGGCCCCGACGGGAGAGGGAUCAAGAGGCACAGUGCGGAGGUGAGGUUAGAGAAAGGAGGGCUGACCUUGCUCUCCAGGGACGACAGGGGUCCGCUGGGGACGGGCCCCGCCGCCCGAGGUGCCAGGACCCCCAACGAGCAGGGCAAGGCGAAGGCCCGGUCCGCAGAGCAGCUCAGCUCCAAACCGCCCCUGCCCAGGAAGCCGCUGCUGCAGACCCUCACCCUCCCCCAGCUGCCUGCGCCCCCCGACACCAGCCCCGGGGACUUGGAUCCCAGGAAGGAGAACCAGCCGGCGGAGAGAAAGUCGCCCCACAGGGCAAUUGAGAAGGCAGCAGAGCCUGGAUCUGAUGGCCAGCCUACGCCGCCCUGGGUCACUGUCGGGCGGCAGAAGCGGCGAGGGGCCCCGGAGAAGCCACCCAGCCAGGAGGACAAGCCUGGGGCCCGGACCCUGAAGUCUGAAACAGGAAGGGCAGCCAAGGCGCCCGAAAGAGCCCAGCAGGAGCCCGUGAAGCAGGCCGAGUUUGUCCGCAGCAAGUCCUUCCUGAUGGCGCCGGCCAAGCCCACUGCGGACCAGAGGCCGGGGGCAAAGCUCCGCCUCCCGGAGGGGCUGCAGAGAGGCAUCUCCUUGUCCCACCAGAACUUGGCAGCCCAGUCUGCUGGAGAGAAGACGGAGAAAGAAUUGCAUCAGCUGAAGAGAGCCAGUUAUGCCAGCAUGGACCAGCCGUCCUGGAUGGAACUUGCCAGAAAGAAAUCUCAAGCUUGGAGCGACAUGCCCCAAAUUAUAAAAUAGGUUGACAGUGUGCUGCUAAAAAGUGUCCACCACCCUGACGGGUCACUUCAUUAAAAACUGCCACCCAAUCAAGGCAAACAAACUGUGAAACUUAAGAAUGAUUUUAUCAUCAGGUUACAGGAGAGCGAGCUCAGGGAAGAGGAAGAAACCAGGCAAACAAGUGGGACAGACACAUGGCCGCAGGCCCGGGCCAGAGGGGCCCGAAGACAAGGACACCAUUGAGAAGGGCCAGGAGCAAGGUUCUGUGCCCACAGGUAUGAAUGUGAGUCUUUCAGGAUCCUCUUGAUGCAGAGGGCUCAGGCAGGGAAGAAAAUGUGAGUGAAACAUGGAUGCAGAGUUGGGCUGGGAUGCAGAGCUGGGAUGCAGGGCUGGGAUGCAGGGCUGGGAUGCAGAGUUGGGAUGCAGAGAUAGAAAGGCUCCCAGAGAACGUGUGUCUGCGCUUCCAACUGAGGUCACUGUGUGUCUCUGGGCGCGGUCCUGCCUGUAGACCUCGUCUUCUUUCAUGUUUACUGUGAGGCAUGACAUUCAUGGUUAAACAGGGAUGCCCUUUCCAAGAGCAGCUAUAACGCAGUCAGUUUUCCUGAAGGUAGCCACUCUAAGAGAUAGUGGAAGGAACCCCGCUGGGUUCAUCAAUUCAUAGGCUGGUUCCAAAAAUAAUUUUUAAACUUUUCCACAUGGCAUCUGUGUCCUUAACCACUGCACAAUGCAUUGCCUGUUCAAUAAAACUUUUCAAAUGUG